AUGUUCUUUCGCUUCCUGACACCGUUGUUGUUUGCAGCGUGCACUGCAGUCUCUGUCCUUCCACGCGUGUCAUGCGGGCCUGUCUCCGUUGACUUGUUCCCUAGGACACCUGCGGCAGGUAUUGAUAUCCAGGCGCUCGCGGCAAACCUCAGUGAGAAUGCUCAGGUCUACGUUCCCGGUGACGAGCCGUUCGCUGCACUCACGGUCCGCUGGUCUAACCUAGAACCUCCAACCCCCAAUGUCGUUGUUGUUGCUGCGAUAGAGGAGGACGUUUCACAGACCGUUGCCUUCGCAUACAAGAACAAUAUCCCCAUUCUUGCUUACAAUGGGCACCAUGGCACUCUCGUCUCGCUGGGAAAGAUGGAUUAUGGGAUCCAAAUUUACCUUGCCCAGCUCAACUCCCUCGAAAUUGCCGAAGACGGAAAGACGGUGACCGUAGGCGGCGGCAUCAAUUCUCACAACCUGACCGAGGGUCUCUGGGCAGCAGGAAAGCAGACUGUCACUGGAACAUGCGAAUGCGUCAGCUACUUGGGCCCCGCUCUCGGGGGUGGACACGGCUGGCUCCAGGGCCAUCACGGCCUCGUCUCGGACCAGUUCAAGUCGCUCAAUGUCGUUCUCGCCAAUGGUGACCUGAAGACGAUCGACAGCAAGUCCGAUCUGUGGUGGGGAAUGCUCGGUGCUGGCCAGAACUUUGGUAUUGUCACCUCGGCCACGGCACAAAUCUACGAUAUCGUGUCCCCAAACUGGGCGAUCGAGACCAUCGUCUUCAGCGGCAGCAAGCUCGAAGCCGUCUACGAGGCUGCCAGCGAGGCUCUCCUCAAGAAUGGCAGCCAGACCGACGAUGUCCAAAACUACUCCUACUGGCAGAACGACGCAACGCUCGACCCCAACAAUCCCGUAAUCAUAAUGUACAUCCUCCAAGAAGGGGUCGACGCCGUCGACCCCGUGUACACAAAGCCCUUCCACGACCUAGAGCCUCUCAAGAUCACGCCCCAAUCGGGCGACUACCGCGACCUGGCCGCCUGGACGGGCAUCGCUCUGGCAUCACCGCCCUGCCAGGACUUCGGCUUCAACAAUCCGCGCUUCCCCAUCUACCUGCCGUCCUACAACGUGACAGCCAUGCGCCGCGCGUACGACAUCUACGCCGCCGCCAUCUCGGGCGUCGACAACCCCUGGGGGAACUCCAUCUUCAUGUUCGAAGACUACGCUACCGCCGGCGUGCGCGAGCGCGACCCGGGCUCCACCGCGUUUGCCUUCCGAGAGGACCUGCUGCUUGCCGCGCCGCUCAUCAUUUACAACUCCACUGGAGCGGCCGAAGACGAGAAGGUUAAGGACUUGGGAAACCAGCUGAGGGAGACAAUUAGGGAGGGUACUGGCAGGGAGGAGUUGCAUGCGUACGUUAACUAUGCAUAUGGAGAUGAGGGCGUGCCCGCGUGGUUUGGCGCUGAGGAGUGGAGGGGCGACCGCUUAAGGGCGCUAAAGAAGAAGUAUGACUCCGAGGGCGUAUUUAGGUUUUAUGCGCCGAUCGCGUAG